GUGUCCCCGGCCCGGAGUCCCACACUGCGGCUCGACGCCUCUCUCUGCUCCCGCUGCUGCACCUCCAAGCGCUCCCCGCGGCUCAUCCGAACCCAAACUCCUCCGCUCACCUCCGAUCGCAGUCCUCCUCCUCCAGGAAGGAUGGCCAGCCACCCAGAGUUCGAGAGGGCCGGGCAGAAGCCGGGCCUGCAGGUCUGGAGGGUGGAGAACUUCGACCUGGUGCCCGUUCCCGAGAACCUGUACGGGGGCUUUUACACCGGGGACGCCUACCUCGUCCUGAACACCAUCAAGCAGCGCUCGGGCGCCCUGCAGUACGACCUGCACUUCUGGCUGGGGGAUUUCUGCACGCAGGAUGAGAGCGGCUCGGCGGCCAUCUUCACCGUCCAGAUGGACGACUUCCUGGGGGGGAAACCCAUCCAGUACCGCGAGGUGCAGGGACACGAGUCCAGAACCUUCCUGGGCUACUUCAAGUCUGGACUCAAGUACAUGAAAGGAGGCGUGGCCUCCGGGUUCAAGCACGUGGUCACCAACGAGGUGGAGGUGCAGCGGGUGCUCCAGAUCAAAGGUCAGCGCGUCGUCAGGGCGACCGAGGUUCCGGUCAGCUGGGACAGCUUCAACCAGGGAGACUGUUUCAUCCUGGACCUGGGAAACGAGAUCUACCAGUGGUGCGGCUCUCAGAGUAACCGCUUCGAGAAGCUGAAGGCCACGCAGGUCGCUAAGGGCAUCCGCGACAACGAGCGCAGCGGGAGGGCUCGGGUCUACGUCUGCGACGAGGGGGCGGAGAGGGAGAAGAUGCUGGAGGUGUUGGGAGAUAAGCCGGAUCUGCCGCCGGGAGCUUCAGAUGACAUCAAGGCCGACGCUUCCAACCGGAAGAGAGCCAAACUCUACAAGGUGUCCAACGCCAGCGGGGGGAUGACCAUUGCUCUGGUCGCAGCAGAGAACCCGUUCGCCCAGAGCGCCCUGGAGUCCGGAGACUGCUUCAUCCUCGACCACGGGUCGGACGGAAAGAUCUUCGUCUGGAAAGGCAAAGACGCCAACAUGGACGAGCGGAAGGCGGCCAUGAAGGCGGCGGACGAGUUCAUCAAGAAGAUGGGCUACCCCAAACACACGCAGGUCCAGAUCCUGCCCGAGUCGGGCGAGACGCCGCUCUUCAAGCAGUUCUUCAAGAACUGGCGGGACAAGGACCAGACGGUGGGCCUGGGCGUGGCGUACAUCGCCAACAGCAUCGCCAAGAUCGAGAAGGUGGCCUUCGACGCCGCCAGCCUGCACGAGUCGUCGGCCAUGGCCGCCCAGCACGGCAUGGUGGACGACGGCACCGGGGAGAAGCAGAUCUGGCGUGUCGAGGGAGCCGAUAAGGUGGCGGUGGAUCCGUCCACGUACGGACAGUUCUACGGAGGAGACAGCUACAUCAUCCUGUACAACUACCAGCACGGAGGACGCCGCGGACACAUCAUCUACAUGUGGCAGGGGAUGGACUCCAGCCAGGACGAGAUCGGGGCCUGUGCGAUCCUCGGGGCGCAGCUGGAUGAGGAGCUGGGCGGUGGUCCUGUGCAGGUGAGGGUGGUGCAGGGGAAGGAGCCGGCCCACCUCAUGAGUCUGUUCGGAGGCCAGCCCAUGGUGGUGUACAAGGGCGGCACGUCCAGGGAGGGCGGGCAGUCGGCGCCCGCCGAGACCCGACUCUUCCAGGUGCGCUCCAACUCGGCGGGACACACCAGAGCCGUGGAGCUGGACGCGGCGGCGUCCAACCUGAACUCCAACGACGCCUUCGUCCUGGUGACCCCCGGCGGCGCCUUCACCUGGGUGGGCGUUGGCGCCAGCGACCCGGAGAAGCAGGGCGCCCAGCAGCUGUGCGGCAUCCUGGGGGUGUCGGCCGCCGACGUGUCGGAGGGAGGAGAGAGCGACGACUUCUGGGAGGCUCUGGGAGGAAAGGCGGAGUAUCGCACCUCCACCCGACUCAAGGACAAGAUGGACGCUCAUCCGCCGCGUCUCUUCGCCUGCUCCAAUAAGACCGGGAACUUCAUCAUUGAGGAGGUUCCCGGGGAGAUGACGCAGGACGACCUGGCCACGGACGACGUGAUGAUCCUGGACACCUGGGAGCAGGUGUUCGUCUGGAUCGGAAAUGAGGCCCAGGAGGAAGAGAAGACCGAAGCCAUGGCAUCCGCGGUCCGUUACAUCGAGACGGACCCGGCCAACAGGGACUCCCGGACGCCCAUCGUCAAAAUCAAGCAGGGCUUCGAGCCGCCCACGUUCUCCGGCUGGUUCCUGGGCUGGGACGACGACUACUGGACCAGCGACCCUCUGGAGCGCGCCAUGGCCGAGCUGGCCAUAUGAAAGCAUCCGCCCCCCCACCCCACCCCUCCCUCCACCGUUAUCCUCCUCCCUCUGCUGCGCUGCUGCACUGAGCUCCAGACUUUCCCUUUUUUUUUUUUUUUUUUCUUUUCCAAGCAUGUUACUACUUUUGAUGAAUUUUAAUCCACUGUGUCUCACAUGCUUCGGCGGUGCCUUCACACUCGUCAGGACACCAGUAGGAACGGGGCUUCCAGCAGACAAACGGGCUCUCUGUUGGCUUUUGCACUAAAUAUAGUCCGCUGUGGCUUUUAUUCUCCACGGUUUUUUUUCUCAUUUUAUAGUUUGACAAUAAAACCCUCUGACUAGCGGAACGUACAGCGAGCGACAAAGUUAAAGUUCGCGUGCUACAAUAUUAGAAACCUCACUGCCACGAAAACAGCUUAUGAAAAGCAAUACAACCAAUGCCUUAAUAUCAUUUCCUUUAGUUUACAGUAAGCCUGCUCUUUUUUUUAAGGUACGGUUCCAGUUCUAGAUGUGUUGUUUGUAACUUUAGUUUAGAUGUCACUUGUAUUUAUUUUAUUUUUUUUUAAAGAAAAUUUCACAGAUCCCGCCCGGGAGGCUCGAAUUCUGCCGUCGAACUUUUAGUGGGGAACUGACGCUUUGCUGCUUUUUAAAAACCAGUUACAUCUUCUCUGGCACUUUCUGAAGGUUUCCCCUCGAUUAUCAUUUCAAUAAAACCAAACCAAACCUGUCAA